GGGAUGGAGAGAAGGCUCCUGGGUGGCAUGGCACUCCUGCUCCUCCAGGCACUGCCCAGCCCCCUGUCAGUCAGGGCUGAACCCCCGCAGGAUAAGGAAGCCUGUGUGGGUACCAACAAUCAAAGCUACAUCUGUGACACAGGACACUGCUGUGGACAGUCUCAGUGCUCCAACUACUACGAUGAACUCUGGUGGUUCUGGCUGGUGUGGACGAUCAUCAUCAUCCUGAGCUGCUGCUGUGUCUGCCACCACCGCCGAGCCAAGCACCGCCUUCAGGCCCAGCAGCGGCAACAUGAAAUCAACCUGAUUGCCUACCGGGAAGCCCACAAUUACUCAGCACUGCCGUUUUAUUUCAGGUUGUUGCCAAACUAUUUACUACCUCCUUAUGAGGAAGUGGUGAACCGACCUCCAACUCCUCCCCCGCCGUACAGUGCCUUCCAGCUACAGCAGCAGCAGCAGCUGCAUCCUCAGUGUGGUCCUGCAGGUGGCAGCCCUCCGGGUGCUGAUCCUACCAGGGGCUCCCAGGGGGCACAGAGCAGCCCCUUGUCUGUGCCCAGCAGAAGCAGCACAAGACCCCCAAGCAUUGCUGAUCCUGAGCCCUCUGACGUGCCAGCUGACCGAGCAGCCACCAAAGCCCCCGGAAUGGAGCCCAGUGGCUCAGUGGCUGGCCUGGGGGAGCUAGACCUAGAGGCCUUCCUGGACAAGGAUUCAGAAUGUAAGGAGGAGCUACUGAAAAAUUCCAGCUCUGAACAUGGCAGUGUGCUCCCCGAUAGCAAAGACAAGACACCUGGCAGACAUCACCGCUUCACAGGUGACUCAGGCAUUGAGGUGUGUGUGUGCAACCGGGGCCAUCAUGACGAUGACUUCAAAGAGUUCACCAUACUCAUUGAUGAUGCUCUGGAUGGGCCCCUGGACUUCGGUGACAGCUGCCACGUGAGGCCUCCUGGUGAUGAGGAGGAAGGGCUCUGCCAGCCCUCUGAGGAGCAGGCUCGAGAGCCUGGACAUUCCCACCUGCCUCGGCCACCCGCGUGCCUGCUGCUCAACACCAUCAAUGAGCAGGACUCGCCAAACUCCCAGAGCAGCAGCUCCCCCAGCUAGAGUAGGCUUUGCCUGUGCCCGGAAACUUGGCAAAGCAACCAGGAACCAAAAUUCAUGUGGAACAAAGUGAAGUCUGUAGACGAUGACUUUGAAUGACCUGUAGUGUGUGUGUGUGUCUCCUGUGUGUGUGAGCCCCACACCCCGUGUUCCUGUGAAGAUACUUUGAAUGGCAGCCAUCCUGCUCACGUUAACCACACGUCUGAAGCAAACAUGGCCCUCUCAAGGUAAUUUAUUUUAUGCAUUUACUGUUUACCGAACAAACGUCUGACUGUGUACUCGAGUGUAUUUGGCAGCAUUGUCGACAGCGCCCCCUGUGUUUGCCUGAGAUACUGCGCUCAAGGUAGAGGUUCCACUCUGCUUAUCACUGCAAUUUGCACAUUGCUCCGUGGACACUCAGAGGCUGUGUCCUGUCCCUGUUAAUGGAAGCGUGCUCUGAACCUGUCUGCCUCCCUCCGCUACUCCUUGCCUUCAGUCUCAGCCCCCAGAGGGUGUCUACAACCAUUUGAGACAGAAAGCAAAAGUGGAAUUCCACACAGAAGCUUGAUUGGUUAUUCAGUGACAAGCUUGGCCUUGCUGUGGCCCAGACAUCAGCCUGCCCAGAAUUGCCAGGAGGCUUUGGCAGACUCCACGGUGCCACAGCACAGUCCUUCCUUUGCUGAGUUCAGUGGACACAGGAGGACUGGCGUGUGGCCAGAGGGGUGCCACAGCACAGCAGCCCUCAGAUGCCUACCUUCCACCUUCCUUUGGAAAUCACAGACAACUCACUGAAGUGUCUCCAAGGAGAACAAGUUUUACCAAAAUGAAUCCUUCUUCAUUUAACUGAUCAAAUGGAUGAAUCUGACCCUCUAGGUUUCUUUCCCCAGCGGGGAGCUGGUCUGAGUAUUGACUGUUGGCUUCACUGAAGCAUCUUACCCUGAAGGUCUGAGAAGAAGCACAGUGGCCAAGCUGGGCUUAACUAGUAAGCCGCGGUUGGCCACGGCUGCUGGAGGCUUCCUGCUCAGAGAAGGAGACAGGGAACUGAAGGAAUAGUGGGGGGUCAGAGAGACUAGGUUGAGUCUGGUUUUCCAGAUGAAUGAGAAGGAAAGGAUUGGUGGAGGGUUUGGUGCUACAGUCGGAAGAUUUGCAAAUGCUAACACAUUCCUGUGUGAGGCACAUCACCAUUUGUCAGUUAUUGUGAAUAUGUGUAUUUUAAGCAAUAAGAUUCAGCUGGUCAGAUUUUUCUGGGCAGUCUCAGUGACGCAUUUCCUGUGCUGUGACUGUUUUGAAGACAGAGUGGCUCUAACCACUGUGAGAAGCCCAAAUAAAAAUUCAUUCCCCCCCCCCCAAAAAAAAAUACAAAAAGGGUUAGGGGCCAGUCGU